AUGCAUUAAGGAUCAUUCAUCUCCAAUACUCCAAUUGUUUAAUUAGAUGAUUUUAGAAAAGAAGUCAGAGGAAAAAUGAAUCAUAUGAUUGAUUAGCCUAAACAAGUUUAUACUAAAUCAUCUAAUCUUUAACAAUUAUUAAGACAUAGCAUAUCUCCUAAACAACCUAAAAAUCAUGAACUCAAUAAAUCCCAAGACUCUUGCAAUUAAUAUAAUCAAAUAACUAGUAGAUUAUCCUUUCAAAGAUCCAGUCUAGAUUUAGGAAAACCAACAUAAAAGUAUAUUCAUAAUUAUAUCAUAUAUAUAGUAUUCUGUAUCCAAAAAUAUAAUUAUAAGACAUACUACCUUUAAAUAAAAUUCUAGAAUUGUAAAGGGCUAUUAACAAUUAUAAUCAUCCUACAAAUAAUAAGUAUUUAUUUUUCAAAGAUUUAGUUAUUUUAUCGAACUUAAAAAACUUGCUAAAAUUGUAUUAAGGGAAACUUAAGGAUGA